GUGUCAGGGUUUAUUUGUUGUGGUUUGGUUUGUAUAUUUUUCUGUGGAGUUUUGUAGGUUAUCCGGUUUAAAGAUUAUUACAACAAAAGUUAUUAAAUAGAUGUUAAAAGAUGACUAGCAAACCAAAUUCCAAACGUACAAUAUACGUUGGUGGUCUUGCAGAAGAAGUUGAUGAGAAAGUUUUAAAUGCUGCUUUCGUUCCCUUUGGCGAUUUGGUGGAUGUCCAGAUACCCUUAGAUUAUGAGACUGAGAAACAUAGGGGUUUUGCUUUUAUUGAGUUUGAAAAUGCUGAGGACGCAGCGGCAGCGAUUGAUAACAUGAAUGACUCGGAACUGUUCGGCAGAACAAUCCGGGUUAACAUAGCAGCCCCUCAGCGUAUCAAGGAAGGAUCCACCCGGCCGGUCUGGUCGGAUGACAACUGGUUGCAGAAGCACGCAGGGGAGACACUAGCGUUAAAUAAAGAGAAGGAUGGCGAUGAGAGUGAACCUAAACAGAAGAUGGAUGUUGACAAUCCAGUGCCAGCAAAGCCAGCCGAAAAGCGGAAUCCUCAAGUUUAUUUCGACAUCUGCGUCGGCAAACAAGAGAUUGGCAGGAUAAUCAUCAUGCUGAGAGCUGACAUUGUUCCGAGGACAGCCGAAAACUUUAGAGCACUGUGUACACAUGAAAAAGGGUUCGGUUACCAGGGCAGCAGCUUUCACAGAAUCAUUCCAGAUUUUAUGUGCCAAGGCGGCGACUUCACAAACCAUAACGGGACAGGCGGCAAAUCCAUCUAUGGAAGGAAAUUCGAUGAUGAGAAUUUCACAUUAAAACACACAGGGCCCGGGAUACUCAGUAUGGCGAACUCGGGACCUAACACUAAUGGGUCACAGUUCUUCUUGUGUACAGCGAAGACGGAUUGGCUAGACAACAAGCACGUGGUAUUCGGUCACGUGAUAUCAGGUCUGGACGUGCUCAAGAAGAUGGAGCGUUAUGGAAGCAAAAGUGGGAAGACCUCUGCCAAACUUAUUAUAAGUAAUUGUGGUGAAUUACAAUGAUUUAAAACAUCA